AUGCAGCGUGAGUCUGCGUAUGCGCAGCCGUACGACCGCGCCGAACCGAGCGCGCUGUCAACCAUGUCACUGCCGUCGAUGGUCUUUCCCCAGCGCGGCGCGGACGCGCACUCGCUGCCGACGCACAUGCGCAAAAGCGGCACGGUGAUACGUGCAUGGACCCAGAUCCUGCGAUUCUGUGAUACGAGCUACGAGGAGCUGCGCGAUACCCUGAACUGGGGCGCGACCGAGCAGGAGGUCGAUGCGCUCCAGGCCGGACUGGGCCAGGCGCUUCCCCUUGCGGUGCGCGAGUGGUUGUACUGCUGCAAUGGCCAGGAGGUCGAGUCGACCGGCUCGUGCAGCGACGGCCUCUUUUUCGGCCUGCCGUUCCUCACCACCGAUGCGAUUCUGCGCGAGUGGCAGUUUUGGCGGUACGUCGACAACGAUCCACAGUCCGGCGCGAACCCUGGGCUGCGCAAGCGGAUGAAGAGCUGCCCCGAGCGCUGGGUGCGCCGCGAGUACUCGUGCCCCGGCUGGAUCCCGCUGGUGACCGACCACAUGGGCAAUUACCUCGGUGUGGACCUCAUGCCCGAGCCGAGCGGCGGCGGCGGUGCAGGCCAGGUGAUUGUGUUUGGCCGCGACUUUGAUACCAAGGUGGUGCUGUACGGCUGCGACGGCCAGGACGGCUGGGCCAAGUUUUUGCAGCUGCUCGCCGACGAGCUCGAAGCCGGGACCUCGUUCCAGCUCGAGCGCCCCGAGGACAGCGACGGCGACGAAGAUACGAUUGGGUACGAAGGCUACUUUACCGGAGGAACGAGCGGCGCAAAAGGCGGCGGCACCGACCGCGCCGGCGAGCCCAGCGCGGGCUUCUUCCUGGUCGGCGAAUACAAAAACUGGCCGGUGCUCGAGUGCUGGGCGGACCGUGCAACACGGCGCUGGGAGGCGGCGGGCAUGGCCACCGAGCGCACCGACGCGGAGAGCAGCACGCAGCCGCUCGCUACGCCGACACGGCCAGACGCCCACGCCCCGCCGCUCGGCACGCCGUCGACGCCCAACGCGUCGCUCGACCCGCUCGACCCCCUGCAUGUGACGCCGGUCGACAUGCCGCUGCCGCAGCACCCGGGCGCGUCUGCCUCGUCGCCCACCGGCUCGCCGCGCCGCCGGGAGCGUCGCGAAAAGGCCGCGCGCCCACGCACGAUCCCGGCGCCGCAGCCCCUGCUCGAUCUGCCGACCAUCGAGGAGGUGCGCGCAAUCGAGGCGACCGAGCAGGCGCGCGCGGAUGCCCAGCCGCCGAGCCGUAUGGGCGCGCUGCGGGACAUGGCCGCUUUUUCGCUUGCGCCAGCGUACCGCACCAUGCCGCCACGGGGCGCCGCGCCGCAAGGCGAAUCCGUCGAGCUUGCCUUUCGCUCGAGCUCCGAUGCGGCGCGCGAGGGCUCGCCGGUGCCGCAUCAUCCGGCCGUCGUCGGCCUGCGUGGCUCGCGCAACCGCACGCUCGCCGACGCGAGCGACGAGGAAAACGCGGCGAUGCGCAGCACCGCACGCCUCAUCGACGCACAUCCGCCGGACCACAUUGUAGAUUCUCCACGCUCCACGCCGCGCACCGCGCCGAGCGAGCACAUCGUCGCGAUCGACGAGGGAGUUGUUCCGGCAUAG